UAAUCAGAAAGUCGGACAUGUUGGAUGUACCGACCUGAACUUAGCUAUAGUUUCAAAUCUCUCUUGUCCCUAGAAUUAUAACCUCAAAAUUCUCAUAAACGUCACUUUCGUAGUUUCGUAUUUGGAUACGUCGUUAUUUUCCAGUGUUGUGUUUGGUUUGUGUUAUUGUGUUUUUUAGGACAAAUUUUAGUAAACAUGGGACGAACAUGUAGUGUUAUCACUUGUAAAAAUUCGUAUAAAAACAAAAAUAUUACGUUUCACCAAAUUCCAGACUAUGCGAUUUUGAAGAGAAAGUGGAUAGAAGUUUUGGAAGGGAAUGUAAAGCGCACUGUAAAGACUAUUUUUAUUUGUAGUGAUCAUUUUAAUAAUGAGAGUUUGGACAAAUCGGGGCCUAAUGUUCAAGUAAAAUUAGGUUGUGUACCGACAAAAAUACAGUUUACUUCAAAAAAGAAUAAAUUUUAAUUUAUAAUCAACAACACUUGACAAUAAAGUGUGUAGGUAUUUGAAUGUGACUAAUAUACAUUAGGUAGGUAGUUAAAUAAGUACUUAGCAAUGCUUUAGCUUAAACGUAAGUAGAUCAAUUAUUUUUAACCUGUAUUUAUGUGAAUAUGUGUACAUUUGUGUAAGUAUACUCUGCAGCAUGUUGAGCAUAAUCUAAUAUGUUUCACACAUCUUCAAUAACUUGUUAUUAUAUAGGGCAAUUGGCAUACACCUAAAAGUUCUAGGGUUAAAAGUAACAGAUUCCGAU